AUGGUCGACGUGGGUUCGAAGCUGGUGACAGAACGGACUGCUGCAGCACGAGCAAAGGUUUUUGUGGGACCCGAACUGAUGAAACUCGUACGAGAAAAUGGCCUGAAGGAAGGUGACGUACUUAGCGUUGCUCGCCUGGCGGGAAUUGUGUGGUCCAAGCAGACGUCCAGCCUUAUCCCUCUGUGUCAUAACAUAUCUUUAUCCUCUGUGGCUGUGGACAUUGAACUGGACUCUGCUCUCAACUGUGUGAUUGUAACUGGCACGGCAAAGUGUAGAGGGCAGACGGGUGUGGAGAUGGAAGCUCUCACUGCUGUAUCGGUGUCUGCCUUAACAGUGUACGAUAUGUGCAAAGCUGUGAGUCAUGACAUUGUGAUAUCUGAAAUAAUGCUUCUGGCCAAAAGUGGGGGAACUAGAGGAGACUUCCACCGGACAUGAGCAUCUGUGUGGGGCAGUGA